AUGUCCACGGAGGAGCUGUCAGCGUCGGACAGCGAGGCGGUGAUGGUGGCUGGGACCGGGAAGAGGUGGGCUCCGGUGGGCGCUGUGGCUUCCCCCAAGGAGGACCAGUCGGAGCAGCCGAGGAACGGGCGCCCUGGCCCGGGUACAGAGGCGCAGAUGACGGUGAAGAUGAGGAAGCUGGAGGAAGAGCAGGAGCUUUUGAACUCGUCGCUUCUGGCUCUGACCUCUCACUUUGCGCAGGUCCAGUUCCGUCUGAAGCAGAUCGUUCACGCUCAGUCGGAGGAGAAGGAGCGGAUGUUGGUUGAGCUGGAGGAGUUCGCCUUCAGGGGCUGCCCUCAUGUGGUCGGAUGCAGACCUCAGGACGCCUCGCAGCUGCAGAACUCGACGGAGCGAGAGAAGAGAGAGCAGCUGGAGGCUCAGAGGGAGAAGCAGAAGGACCUGAUCGUUCAGCUGAAGACCCAGCUGGACGACCUGGAGCGGUUCGCCUAUCAAGAGGGCAGCUACGACUCGGUGCCUCAGGCGGUGGUCAUGGAGAGGCAGAGGGUGAUCAUCGACGAGCUGAUAAAGAAGCUGGAUGUGAAUCUGAACGACGAUAUUGGGAAGCUAAGUCCGGAGGAGCUGAGGCACCGCGUGGACGCCGCCAUCGCUCAGAUUGUGAACCCGGCCAGAGUCAAAGAGCAGCUGGUGGAGCAGCUCAAGACCCAGAUCCGAGACCUUGAGAUGUUCAUCAACUUCAUACAAGAUGAGGUCGGGAACCCUCUUCUGUCCGGAGGAGCUCAGUGCCAGCAGCCUGAAAGGGCCACCAGCAGAGGUGCAGGCGUCAAGAAAGUGGACCCGGAGCAGGCGCAGAAGCUCAGAGAAACCGGACUUCAGCUCAUCCAGCGUGCUCUGGCCGUGCUCCAGAUAUUCGCCGCCAGUCAGUUCGGCUGCGGCGUCAGCCACGUCCCCCAAAACAUGUGGUCACCGGACGCCAUGGGACAAGACUACGGCCCCCUCCUUCAGCGCCUUGAAUCGACCGUGGACAAAGUAAGAAUUCUCGGCUCCAGGAGACAGCCCUCAUUCGAACACGUGGUAAACUACACCAGCGACGCAGCUUUGGGGCCGCGAGACGAGCUAACGGCGGCGGUGCGCAAAGAUCUAGCCAUUGCGUUAAAAGACCUGUUGGCGCACGGUUUGUGUUCGCCAUCGCAAACGGUAAGUCUGGUUCUCGCGCCCAUUUCCUGCCUGCUUCCUUACCGGACGACAUCGCGAGACAUCCACCCCUGGGAGCUUUUUGUCAAGUAUUACCACUCCAAAAACGGGAAAGCUUUCGUGGAAUCGCCCGCCAGACAGCUAUCGCAAUCCUUCAGCUUGCCAGUAGGGGGCGGACCAGUGACAGUGACCCCAAAACAGUCUCUCCUAUGGGCGAUUCAUACGGUCUUGAAUGAACACAAUAGGUUCAAAAGAGGCCCGGACCCGGAGUUCAAAGCACUGGUGUGUAUGGCGUUGAAUGAGCAGAGACUGGUGUCGUGGUUGAAUUUGCUCUGUAAGUCUGGGACCCUGAUUCACCCGCAUUAUCAGUCGUGGAGCUACAUGGCCCAGACCGGGUUUGAGGGCGCGCUACGCAUCUUGGGACGCAUCAGCCACCUCAAAUUCAACCUCCCUGUGGACCUGGCCGUGCGGCAACUCAAGAAUAUCAAGGAUGCAUUUUGA